CACUCUACCUUCUCUUCCCUUCUCCCCAUUAUAUAUACCCCCACACACCAACACUAGCAUAGCAAACCAUAACACUCUCCUCCUUAGAAAGAUUUACAAAAGAAAAGAAAUUCUACAGAUAGAGAGAAAGCCAUGGCUGUAACCGGCGAUGUCGAGGUGUUCCCGACGGUCGACAAAUGCUCGUCUGAAGGCCGGGAGACGCACACGGUGGUGGCGGACCUCGACGGCACUUUGCUGCGCGGCAGGAGCUCAUUCCCCUACUUUGCGCUCAUCGCGUUCGAGGGCGGCGGCGUGCUGCGCCUUCUCUUCCUCCUCUUGGCGUCGCCGAUCAUCGGCCUUCUCUACUACUUGGUGUCGGAGUCGGCGGGGAUUCAGUUGCUCAUCUUCGCGUCGAUCGCGGGGAUGAGAGUCGCCAAUAUCGAGUCGGUGGCGCAGGCUGUGCUGCCCAAGUUCUACGCUUCCGACCUCCAUCCCGAAUCGUGGCGCGUGUUCUCAGCGUGCCGGAGGCGGUGCAUGCUCACGGCCAACCCUAGGAUCAUGGUGGAGCCGUUUCUAAAGGAUUAUUUAGGCGUCGACGCCGUGAUCGGGACCGAGAUCCAAACUUACAGAGGCCACGCCACGGGGCUCGUUCGCCGCCCCGGAGUUCUCGUCGGGGCGGAAAAGGCCACGGCUUUGCAGAGGGUGUUCGGGGAGGAGUCGCCGGAGAUCGGGCUCGGCGACCGGAAAACCGACUACCCCUUCAUGAAACUUUGUCAGGAAGGAUAUGUGGUCCCAUCAAGCCCGCAAGUCGAGGCGGUGAGGCGGGAGCAGCUCCCGAAGCCGAUCGUGUUCCAUGACGGCCGACUCGUGCAGAAGCCGACCCCGGUGCUGGCCCUGCUCACCGUGCUGUGGAUCCCCGUGGGCUUCCUGCUGGCCUGCCUCCGCAUCGCGGCGGGGGCGCUCCUCCCGAUGCCCCUCGUCUACUACGCCUUCUGGGCCCUCGGCGUCCGCGUCAUCGUGAAGGGCACCCCUCCCCCGCCCGCCGACAAGUCCUCGUCCCGGUCCGGCGUGCUCUUCGCCUGCUCCCACCGCACCCUCCUCGACCCCAUCUUCCUCUCCACCGCGCUGGGCCGCCCGAUCGCGGCGGUCACCUACUCCGUCUCCCGCCUCUCCGAGAUCCUCUCCCCGAUCCGCACCGUCCCCCUCACCCGCGACCGCGCCAGGGACGCGGCGAUGAUAAAGUCCCUACUCCAGCAAGGCGAUCUGGUCAUCUGCCCCGAGGGGACCACGUGUCGCGAGCCGUUCCUCCUGCGGUUCUCCGCGCUCUUCGCGGAGCUCACCGACGAGAUCGUGCCGGUGGCGAUGGAGAACCGGAUGACGAUGUUCCACGGCACGACCGCGACGGGGUGGAAGGGGAUGGACCCGUUCUACUUCUUCAUGAACCCGAGCCCCGCGUACCAGGUGACCUUCCUGAGCAAGCUGCCGCGUGAGCUCACGUGCGCCGGGGCCAAGUCGAGCCAUGAAGUGGCCAACUACAUCCAGAAGCUCAUCGCAGCCACACUCUCCUACGAGUGCACCACUUUCACGCGCAAGGACAAGUACAGGGCCCUCGCCGGGAACGAUGGGACCGUUGCGUCCAAACCUAACAAGGCCCAAUACACCAAACUUAUGGGUUGUUAAUUAUUAAUUAGCUGAUCUCCACUGCUACGUACGUACCUAGCUACUUAAUUACAAUCUUUUGAUUAUUUUCUAGUUAAUUAUGUACCCAUACUAUAUAUAUUUAUCUCUUUGAUUUUGAAGCAUUGAAAAGUAAUUUCGUCCGUAUAUAUACAUAUAUAUAUAUAUAUAUAUAUAGCCCACCACACACAUAUACUGUUUUUGUCAAUUUGAUCAGACGUUUCUGAUGAACAUAUGAAAAAAAAAAAAAAUUAUUUUAUUUAAAAUAUGAUUCGAGGGCAAUUACGUGAUUAAACAUCUGGUAAAUUGCGACGAAAUUAUUGUUCAGCAGAUAUUGACAUAUUAUGAUUCGGAUACUGCUGAGUUGCAUGCAAGGAAGGAUAGAAAGGAAUUGGUUCUUCAUUUAUGGUGUAUUAAUUAAUUAUUUUGUACGUAUUUCCUGGUGUGAUGUUAUUGUACGGAUAUUUAAGAACAAAGAAAAGGUAAAUAUAUUUUAGUGUUGUUCUGCUUUGCUA